AUGGAUCGAAGCGUGGCGGAGUCCAUCCGGCAGCAGUCCGACGACUUGCGGGAUGAGCUCAAGGAGCUGGAGCAGUGGGAAGACGCCAUGCAGGCGCGGGAGAUGGCCAAGGCACAACGCAAGGUGCCUCUGCCAACCAGCGUGGCCGCAGCCGAGCCACCCAUUCGAGGAACGGUGCCGUCGCUGAAGGAGGCGAUACGGCAGCAGCAGCAACAGGCGCGGGCAACUGGCACCAGUGGCGAUACCGCUGCUGAAGCUAUCGCAGACCCGAUCCAGCAAGCCAAAGACAAGGGCAACGUACUUUUCCAGAGCGGCCAUUUGCAGGAGGCGGUGGCGGCCUACACCGUCGGCAUCGACCUCGACCCAGCCAGCGCUACGACACACGUCCUGUACGCGAACCGGGCCAUGUGCUACCUCAAGCUCGGCCAGUGGACGGCCGCAGAGAAGGAUGCGACGACGUGCGUGCACAUGAACACCGGGUAUGCCAAGGCGUACUACCGACGCGCCGUGGCGCGCAAGCAGCUCGGCAAGCUGCGCGAGGCUCGUGCAGACCUUGAGGCGGUGCUCGCCCUCGCUCCCAAGGACGUCAGCGCUCAGCAGGAGAUGGAAAGUGUGACGAAGGCGCUGCAGGCGAAGCGAGCCGCGGAGUCGCAGGCCACCACCACCGCUACCACUACUAAGAAGAAGCGAAUUGUUAUCGAGGAGGUCGACAGCGAAGGCGAUGAAGCGGCGGCCGAGGCACCAGCGACGUCGGCCUCCAAGCUGUCAACGGAGGAGGAGGAGCUGCAUCAGGCCUGCAUCGAGGAGGACAUGCGCAGGCUGGCGGCGGCGCGAAAGGCGAACGAGGAGCAGGUGCGACAGGAGGCACAGCGCGAGGCCGCUGCGCAGGCCAAGCGGCAGCGCCGCCACGAGCGCGUGGAGAUCAUCGAGGAGGCGGAGCACUCUCCCGCGGAGAAAAAGAAGAUGGCACCCUCGCCUGCCACAUCUUCCCCCGUGGUGGAGCAGACGCCACCGCUGUCGACGUCAUCUCCGCCAUCCUCCUCGUCGCCCUCACCCACAUCCGCUGCCACACGCCCACGCGCACGCCCCCCCAUCGCCAAGGAGAGCCUCACCGCACCCAAGUCCUUUAGUGAAUUCGAGCGGCGCUUUCGCGAGCUGGUCCAGCAGCCGGACCUGCGCGACCAUUACGUGCGGCUGCUCGACCCCGCCACCAUGGCGAAGCUCUUUGGCAGCAAUAUGUCGCCCGAGAUGCUUCUCGGCAUCCUGCAAGCUAUCAAGACCUUCAACGCCACGACUGCCUUGCAGUAUGCCAAAGGGCUGUGCCAGGUGAGCCGCGUAGAGGACGUGGCUCUCUUUUUCGAUGCACAAGAGAAGGCAGUCGUACAAGAUGUGCUGGACCUCCUCCGCUCAGCCCCUGGCACUCCAGCCAAGGAUAUCCAACAGAUCGAACGCAAACUGAAGCCCUUGUAG